AUGGAUGAGCCGAUUUGUCCAAAUCAGGACCUCCACCUGAUUCCUGCCGAGAGGAUGCCAUUCCCCGAGGAAUGGAACAUGAAACUUGUUGUUUGGUUUCCUGGUGCGGUCCCAGACCUCGAAGGUUGGGUACGUCAAGUGGCUUCCACUUCUUCAUAUGCGGAACGCAGCUGCCUCGGAGACAUCGUUGCUAUUCGUCUGCCCCCGCCCGGUGAAGAAGAAAUCCCAAAGACCUCCAAGAAAAAGAAAAGAAAGAGGGGAUCGCCUGCAAAUUCCCCGAAGCCAAUGAAAAGCAAGGCUCAAAAGACUAAGGCCGAUACCGUGGCCCUAUCUCCAGAAAUGGCCCAACGCCUUCGGGAUGAGGAUGAAGAGGGGGAAGAUGAUGACUGCCUGUUGAUAGUUCGGAAAAGAGGAAGCGCUCACGCUUCAAAGACCGCUGAGCCAAUGGUGGUUGAUGCGGUUCAUUCUCGAACUGAAGAUAUUUCUGAGGGGAGUUCGAGCAAAGUCCCCGAGCCAAGCAGCAAAAGAGCACCUCGUGUUGGAGGUUUUUUGGAGGGCGAGAUCGAGGGGCUCGGUUCCGAGUCUCUCAAAAGAGAAGAGAAUGUCCCUAGUGGAUAUUUUAGGGUAAUCAAUGUGGUUGAAUCGCUGCCUGGUCCUGAGUUCUCCGACGGGCAAUUUCGAGAUGCCCGGAAUAUGAGAUUUCCCGACGUGGGAACGAUCCACGAAGGGAAUGAUUCCGAGCUCAAGAAGCUCGUAGAAGAGAGGGAUGGCCUUAAGCACCUUUAUAUUCUGAAAGAGGAGGAGAUCAGGGAUCUCCGAGUUGAGUUGGUGAAGGCUCAUCGAGAACAGGCUGAACUUGUUGAAAAGGCCCAGCAGAAGGGCGAGCUGGUGGAGCAGCUUUGCGAGGAGCUCAAGAUGAAGAAUGCCGAGACCCUGGGACGGAAGCAAUGUAUGGACCGUCUCGCCUCCCUUCAAAGUGUGAAGGAGGAAAGCCUGGCCCGAAGCUGCAAAAUCGAGGAGCUCGAAGCUAAAUUCGUUGAUCAGCUUGCGAAGGCCAAAUCUGAUGCAGAGGCAUUUGUAUCUUCGUAUCGAGCUGAUGCUGAAGCCGCUAACAUUCGGGCACAGGAGAUCUCCACUGCGACCGAAGUUAAGUGGUCAUGUGGUCUCGACCAUGCCAGGCGACAGUCUCGGAGAGAGACCCUCGAAGAGGUGCAUGCUCGUGGCUUUAACCUCUCGGCCGAUAUUGAAGAAGCAAAGACUUUGGAGGAAGAGGCUGCUGCUUUUCUCUCUGAUAACGAGGAUUCUACUAGUGGCUUCGAGAGCAGAGGAGAUGAAGAUGAAGUCUCCGAGAGGGAGGUUCCUGAAGAUGCGGCUCUCGAAGAUGCGGCUCCCGAGGAUGUGGCUUCCAGAGAUGUAGUUCUCGGGGAUGCGGCCCCGAAGUAG